AUGUACGGUGUAAAAUUUACAUCUGAAGAGGAGAACCAUUUAUAUGGUGUGUGGGAUGCCGAAGCAUGGGGAACCAUGCCCAUGCUCGAUGGAUCUCUUGAAGUUUGUCAUCUAUUACAUCAAGCAAGCUAUGAGCUAGUCUGCGUCACAGCGAUGGCUCCUCAGUUUACUGAUCAUCGUUUGGAAAAUUUUCGAUCACAUGGAUUUCAGAUCGAUCGUGUAAUCAGUACCGAUUAUGAUAGUGAAAAUCCUGGCAACAACCCGAAGCAACAAGCAAUCGAAGAUUCAAAACGGAAUUUCAAAGAUAUUCACGGUGUACAUACCCGAUUCGUUUUUAUUGAUAAAUAUCAGGAUGAUCCUAAACAGCACGGGAGCAUUUACCACGAUGUCAAAUAUCCUAGUCUGUUAGCUUUCCGUCCAUGA